CCUGGUAUGGGGCCUAUGGGGCCUGGUAUGGGGAACAUGGGACCUGGUAUGGGAUCUAUGGGGCCUGCGGGGUCCGGUGUAAAUCCUGUAGGGCCUAUGCACGCUGGUAUAACGGAUACGCGAGACGGCAAGAAAGGCUACGAACAUUUCGAUCUUUCGAUAUUGGACAACAUGGCGAGGCAAAGCAGCAAAUACGUAGAAAACUAUGCCCUGUCGUCUCCCCAUCCAGGCGACAAGACGGUGACAGAAAGAACAGUUUUUAAUUUAUGUUUCUGCCUUACAUACAUUUGGCGACGAGGUCGCAUGAGUAUCCGUAAAUAUUACCAUUUAAGAGACAUAUAUGUAAACCAUUUGCCGUUUGAGGUCGGCUACAUCUCUCACGUAAUAAUGUCAAAAUAUCAAAACAUGUUGGAACUAUAUCAGUACAGCCUUCUCAAAGUACGUCCGUGGUUAAACACGAAAGGAGCAACAACAACGACGACGACCACGACUACGACAACGACCACCACCACCACCACGACGACCACACAUAAACCAAAAAAGAAGAAAAAGAAACACAAAGAAACAACCACAGAAACAACAACAACAACAACAGAGAAGAGUAAAAGUCAAAAGAAAGAAGAGAAGAAAAAGAGAAAAGAGGAGGAGAAAAAGAGAAAAGAAAAAGAAGAGGAAGAUAGGAAAAAAGCGGAAAAAGAAGCAAAGAAAGCGCAAAAACUGAGCAGGGAGCCGGUCAUUACGGUGAUGCAUUUGAAGCAUUUCCUGCACUCGAUUGAGUUGGACGCCCGACAGAUAGAGCACCUCUGCAACAUGCUGAACGAGUUGAAGAAUAAAUACGCGAUGAAACCCUACGACCCCAAGAACAGAUUUGACAUUCGUACCACAACGGACACAACAACGACCACCGAAGCAUACGGGCAGCAGGGCGGCUGGGGGGGGGAGGGGCAUGGCCAGGGUUAUGGACCACCACCAGAGAAACCGGGUAGACCGGGCAGACCGCAGGACAAGCAGAAACAACAGAAACAACAGAAACAAAAGAAACAGCAAAAGAAGCAGGAAACGACGCUUAACGAAACAGAAAGUAACGAAACGGAAAGUAACGAAACGGAGACAAGUAACGAAACGGAAACAACAACGCAGGGAGCAACGCAACCGCAGAAAGUUCAGGCAGCAAGAACCAGGGCGGGCCGGCCCAAACAGAAAGCAUACCUCGCGAAGAAGAUCGAAAAAGCUCACAAACUGAUCAACAAGGCGAUGUCGGAUAAAAAGAGAAAGCUGCAAAACUUGAGGGAGUACUAUAAGAAAUUUGGCCGCUACCCUACCACCGCCAGGACUCAGCAGCCAAUGAGGCUUUGGUCGCCGAACCUUGACUACGGCUGGUCUGGGGAAGACGAAGAAGAAUGGUAGCCGAGAAAAUAUUACCUGUUUGUCUAAUAAAUAAUAUUUA